ACGUCACUUUCUGCUUCGGCCCUAUUUGCCGUCCGGCGGGCGGAACGUGCGCUGUCACGGCGCGGACCCAAGCUUUGGAAACAGGUUCAAAUGUCGAUGGUCGCCCGGGAGUAUAGAAGUUUUCCUGAUCUCUGGGCGAAGUAAGGCAUGAGGCAGUGAGUCUUUGUACGAACUGUUAAAGACGCCUUCUUGGAAAACGCAACCAUGCUGUGGCGAGCUACCCUCGCGGCCCUCGCCGCGCUGAGCGCCGUGCAGGCCAAGAUCUACGACACCCAAUACAACGGCACGACAUGGGACUCUGAGACUUGGGUGCUGACGACGACAAAUCUCAUGCAAGGCAUCUUUCAAAGCCGCAUGUCCCUCGCGAACGGUUACCUAGGCAUCAACGUCGCUGCUCUCGGCCCCUUCUUCGAGGUGGAUGUUCCGGUCGCUGGCGACGAUAUUAGCGGUUGGCCGCUGUUCGAUCGAAGGCAGACGUUCGCGACUAUUGCGGGAUUCUACGACUCCCAGGCUACUACCAACGGGACGAACUUCGAAUGGCUCUAUCAGUAUGGAGGCGAGAGUGUGAUUAGCGGUGUCCCUCAUUGGGCUGGCUUGCAUGUCGAGGCUGGCGGCGAUGUCCUGACUGCCAGCACGGAUGCCAGUCAAAUCUCGAACUUCACAUCGUCCCUCAGCAUCCCCGGCGGCGACAUGACUUGGAGCUUUACGUGGACUCCUAGCUCCGGCCCGGCGAUUGACGUGCAAUAUCUGAUGUUCGUCAAUAAGCUGCACGUCAAUCAGGCCACGGUGACUGUGAACUUGACGGCGAAGGCAGACACCAAUGUUACUGUCAUUGAUGUCCUUAAUGGCGACUGCGCCGUGAGAUCCGAUCUUGUUGGGAGGGGAUACGAGACGAAUAGCUCGGUCAUCUGGAGCGCCGUCAGCCCGCAUUGGUUGAGCGAUGUCAAGGCUUACAUCUACUCCACCCUGGCCGGGGAUCAAUACACCAACAACUCCACCCGAAAGCAAUACACGAACGAGGCUGUCAUUGGCGGCAACAGCUCCUCCAUCGCACAAGCUGUGAACGUGUCAUUGAAGGCGGGCCAGGCGGCCACCCUCACCAAAUACAUCGGUGGAGCUUCCAGCGAUGCGUACAACGACCCACAGUCUGUCGCGAGCCAGGCAUCAACAGCUGGCUCCCAGACCGGCUUCAACGCUCUAUUCGAUGCCCACGCCAAGGAAUGGCAGAGCAUCAUGACGUCCGAUAGUGUAGAGGACUACACCGACCCUAGCACUGGAGAACUCCCCGACGACCCGAACGUCAUCUAUCUGCAGAUUGUGGCCAUUACAUCCCCUUUCCAUCUGCUGCAAAAUACCAUCGGCACCAACGCUUUGGCUAUUGCGAACAAUGACCAUCCCAUGGAUGUCAAUAGCAUCAGUGUUGCUGGUCUCGGGAGUUCAUCUUACGCUGGUUGGAUUUUCUGGGAUGCCGAAGUUUGGAUGGCUCCUGGUCUCGUCGUCGCUUACCCAGAAGCUGCAAAACAAAUCGCAGCCUAUCGCGUCCAGAAAUUCCCUCAGGCGCAGGAAAAUAUCAAGACGGCAUACCAGUCCAGUCAAAACCACACGCAUUUCUCGCCGAACGGCGCGGUGUUCCCCUGGGUUUCCGGUCGAUACGGAAACUGCACCGCCGGUGGACCAUGCUUUGACUACGAGUACCACAUCAACGGUGACAUUGGCCUCGAGAUCUACAACUACUACGCCGUCACUGGAGACUCGGAGUAUUUCCAAAAUGAGCUGUUGCCCAUCUACGACGCGACCGCUCAGUUCUACUCCGAUCUGGUCAAGUUCAACGAGACGGCGGGAAAGUAUUUCCUCUACAAUGCGACCGAUCCCGAUGAGUAUGCAAAUUUUGAAACGAAUGUCGGUUACACCAUGGUCCUCAUGCAUACGCACAUCGACAACGCCAACACGCUGCGCGAAAGCUUUGGUAUGGAGGCCAACCAGACGUGGGCCAAUAUCUCGGCCGAGAUUGAAAUCCCGAUCGACCAGUCUGCCGACAUUGUUCUGGAAUAUCAGACGAUGAACGGCAGCAUCCAAGUCAAGCAAGCAGAUGUAGUGCUCGUGGACGACUUCUUGUGGUGGCCCAAUCCCUACUCGCAGUCAGAUCUGAGUUUCUACGCAGGACGCCAGAGUCAGAAUGGGCCGGGGAUGACGUAUGGAGUCUUCGCCAUCGUCGCCAAUGCCCAAAGUGACUCCGGCUGCGCAGCUUACACCUACGACUUGUAUGGCUCGCAGCCGUACACGCGAGCUCCCUGGUUCCAAUUCUCGGAGCAGCUGCUGGACAACUUCCAGCAGAACGGCGGCACGCACCCCGCUUUUCCCUUCUUGACGGGCAUCGGAGGCGCACAUCGCGUUGCCAUCUUUGGCUACCUGGGCCUGCACCUGCUGGUCGAGACACUCAACGUCAAUCCCAAUCUGCCACCUCAGAUCCCGAAUCUGACCUAUCGCACUUUCUACUGGCAGGGAUGGCCGAUCAAAGCCGCCUCCAACCAGACGCACACGACUCUCACUCGCCCGACCGGCGAACCGUACAAAAGCCUGUCCACAGCAAACAGCAAGUACGCCAGCGCCCCGAUCCCCGUGACAAUUGGCAUCAGCGCAGCCUCGCUCGCCGAUAACGGUACAGUGUACGAGCUGCACCCAGGCGGGACCAUUACUCUCCAAAACCGCAACACGGGCAGCAUAAAGACCGUCCCAGGCAACAUCGCCCAAUGCCGCCCCGUGACAUCCACACAAUCCUACGAACCAGGCCAGCUGCCCAUCAGCGCCGUCGACGGCGCCGCAAGCACAAAAUGGCAGCCCACACAACUAAACCAAACCUCCUCCAUCACCGUCGAGCUCAGCGAGCCCUACGCCCCCAUCACGGAAAUCCGCUUCGACUGGGCCCAGAACCCACCAUCAAGCUACAAAGUCACCUUCUCCAACUCCUCCAGCGGAGCGGACGCCGUGCCCGUCACGAGCAGCAAUAACGUGACUGUCAGCAAUCCUUACGUCGCGGCCAAGGCGGCGGAGAUUCGGCCUUAUAUGUCGAAUACGACGAAUGUGACGCUGAGCAAGGCGGUGUAUAGUGGCCGGUAUGCGAUUUUGGAGAUUGAGGGGAAUCAGGCUUUAGUGGGGAUGGGGGAUGCGAAGAAUGGGACGGGGGCUUCGGUGGCGGAGUUUGUCAUUGUGGCGGAUGGGGGGAAGGAGGUUGUGAAAAGGGGCGGGGAGUGUUUUGCUUCGUAGUGUGUGUACUUAGUGAAAUAAGAGAGAGACUGUCCUCGUGAGACUGAG